AUGAGUUGCUUAAUUUGGAACUGUUGUGGGCUUGGGGACCCAUGUACAAGGAAUGAGCUUGCUGAUAUUGUGCGGGCAAAAGAUCCAUCUGUCGUGUUUAUAACCAAAACAUGGGCAGAUGAGGCAAGGCUAAAAGAUUUCACUUGGAGAAAACACUAUGCAAGUGGUCAGUCUAUAUGGGAGAGGCUUGAUAGGGCUUUUUGUACUAAUGAUUGGCUUCAAAGGUUUGCAAGAACACGGGUCUUUCAUCUCCACAGUACCACUUCGAAUCAUGUACCAAUUUGGAUUGUACCCUAUGGUCUUGACCCACCCCUUAUUUCAAAGCCAUUUCGGUUUGAAGAAAUGUGGCUCUCGGAUAAAGGGUGUGGGCGAACGGUGGAGGCAGUUUGGAGAGCUCCAUUUCCUUGUGAUCCUGAGGUCCAAGUGAUGAAGAAAAUAGCUAAAUGUGGGACUAAAUUAACUCAGUGGAGUCGUAAGAAUUUUGGGAGUGUACGUAGGAAGCUAGUUGAGAAGAAAAAACUUUUGGUAAAGGCAGAACAGGCGGCAUUUAAAUCUAGUAGCAACUCUCAGGUUAGGGAACUUAAAAAGGACAUCAAUGGAUUAUUGAUCAAAGAAAACCAAAUGUGGAGGCAACGAGCAAAAAUUUUCUGGUUGGAUGGUGGUGAUAAAAACUCCAAGUUCUUCCAUAGCCGAGCAACACAGAGAAGCAGGCGCAAUAGAAUUCAUAGAAUCACCAACUCUUUAGGCUGA